AUGCCGGAUCUUGGGGCGAACAACGGAGGCGGAGGACUUGGAGCUCCGGACGUCGGCGCAACUGGAGCAUGGGGAGGCGAAGCAGGCGGGAGCAUAGGAGAGGUAGAGGCGUCGGGCUCCGGCGACAGGAUGGACAUUGGCGACAGGGACAGCACGGGACGUCGGACCGAAGAGCGAGCGUCGCUCGGCGGCAGGGCCGGCGCUGGACGUGGCUGCCGGAGGGAGAUCGGGCGCGGGCGUCGGAGACGGGUGCUCGCGGCAGGAGGGGAUCGGGUCGAGGCGCGAUGGAAGGAGGGGCCGGCGCGGGAUCCAGGCAGCAGAGGGAGGAGGGCCACAGAUCGGGAGGCGCGGGCGUGCGCUCCUCUCUGGUGCAUUGUGUGUGUGGUGGCGGCGCUGAGGAAACGAACGGGAGGAGGAGGGAACGAGAGAAGGGGUGCGCGAUUGGGAUUGGGGAAACAGUCGGGCUAG